AUGUUGGCGAUAAUACGCCUCGUCGCGCUUGUCUUUCAUGUGCAUAUAACGGCGCAUGGCUGCUUGAUAGUCCUCCUCGGAAAGGAAGUUGAACGUGUCGACCACGUCGCGCGAACGGCAAUCGUCAUCGCCAUCGUCGAGCGGUUUGCGCUCCCACAGGUCUCGGUAGAUGCCUGUCUCGUGCAUGGGCUCUUCCGGGUCGAUGCGCACACGGUUGUCGUCGUCCCCGCGAAUCGGCAGUGGACAGGACGUGGAGGAAGCGGUGGCGUCGGCGGGCGAAAGGAGAAAGUGCAAAAGCCGCUGCCUCUGAUCGGUGCGAAGACGGUAGAUGCGAUAUGUCACGUUGUCGGCGUUUGUGUGAAAAUAGACGGCAUCCAGCUGCUUGGGCAGGUGAACCGCCUUGGACACGGGCGAGUCCUCAUGAUGGUGUCCGGCGCGUCUGGCCCGCGCCGGUCGAACAAGACCACACCGCCGAAGAUCCGGUCCUCGGCCCAGUAG